UGUUAUAAGAAUCUCAUUUUCUAUAAAAAUUGCAGAUAUCCACUUUUUUCAUCAGGACAUGUCAAAAAUGAAAAUGAAAAUUUGCAAAGAAGAAGAAGAAGAAGAAGAAUAAGAAAAAAAAUACAAAGUGAAAAAUAAUAAUUACGUGACGAAGAUAACGAAGGAUCAGAAAAAAAUGAAGAUAAUUCUUUGAAAAAUGACGAAGAAAGAGAAGAUAAAAACUGAACCCAUCAGAACUUUGUGGUGCAAUGGAUCGACACCCCAUACAAUAAUAAUAUCACGAGUUAGGGCCCCACUCCUAUAUAUAAUUCUCAAGGGGCCUGGAGCCUUUCUUUCAAUCGUACAUCGACUUCAGUUCACGUUUAUCUUCGCGACUUCUUGCAACCACAAAUACGUUUACAGUUUAAUUGCAAUUUUCAUAAGGAUUCACAGAGUUUAGCCGUGACAUUGAUAAUCAAGUUUCAUGCGUUUAAGUUUCGAGUGAAAACAUUAAGAGUGGCUGUUAAAGCUUUUUCUUAUUAUUUCUUCUCCCUCCUAAGGGGGCCAGGGGGAUUUUUUUUUUUUUUUUAAUAUUAAAAUUUACAUCAAUGAUUUUUUCUGUAAAAAAAAGUAGUGAGUGAGUGAGAGAAAUUUUGAAAACAAAAAAUGAUCCUCUUCACGUUGCGAUUUCUGGGUCUAUUUGCAUUUGCACAAUGUACCAUUUUACCAACAAGAAUGGUACAGGAUCUUGGUCGAAGAGCCAAUGCCUCAAUGGAAAAAUAUUAUCAACAAGAACAGGCAAUUAUUGAUUCUCGGAUUCAUUUGAAUCAAGGUUCACCGUCCUGGUACUUGGCUGCAUCCCACGAGAUGAGUCCAGCUUCCCAGAAUCUCUCAAAGAGAGCCCUCAGGAUGGAGACAAUGGCAUUGAUGCUCGUUGAAUUACUCAAAAUGACACCUGAGGAUGCUGUAUCACUUCUACCCUCGGUGGGAAUCAACGUAUGCAGCGGAAAUGUGGCAAAUAGUUUGCGAAUGGUCGCUGAAUGUAAAAAAGUUGAUCCCAGCUAUAGAACGCAUACUGGAAGAUGUAAUAAUGCCCUGCAUCCUUCUUGGGGUGGUGCUCUUGAAUCGUAUACGAGAUUUUUGUCACCUGAAUAUGAGGACGGUGUAUCAUUGCCAAAAUCACAUCUUCCUAGUGCUCGUGAAGUUUCCACUAAAGUACACUCGGGUGGUCCAGAUUUGAGGCAUCCUUUUCUAAUGGCACUAACAGCAAUGUUUGGACAAUUUAUUGCUCAUGAUAUGGCACAUACACCACGAAUGGAAUUGCCAAAUGGCGAGAGAUUGAAAUGUUGUGAUGUUGAAUUUGAAAAUUUUCAUCCCGAAUGUUUUCCAAUUGAAGCUGAAAAUGCAAUUGGAUGCAUGGAAUAUACCAGGUCGGCACCUCAUCCAGGAAGUACGCUUGAGGGAUGCAAAUUAGGACCAAGGCAACAGAUCAAUCAAGCAUCGUCUUAUCUCGAUUUAUCGACAAUUUAUGGAAGCUCAGAGGAGACAUCAAAUAUUCUUAGAGCAAAAACUGGUGGAUUAUUGAAUACGCAAAGAAAAAAUUUACCAAUGCCAUCGAAGGACUCAUUAAAUUGUCGAAGUCAAAGUAAAGCAUUGCCAUGUUUUUUUAGCGGUGAUUCUCGAAUCAAUGAACAUCCUGGCUUGGCGUUAAUGCAUCUACUUUUUCUUCGCGAACACAAUCGAAUUGCGCAGAAACUUGAAAAAAUUAAUCCACAUUGGAAUGAUGAGAAACUUUAUCAGGAAACAAGAAAAAUUGUCAUUGCCGAAAUGCAACAUGUGACAUACAAUGAAUUUCUUCCUGUUAUUAUGGGCGAAACAUUUCUUGAUAAAUUUGACUUGCGUUUAACACCAGGAGGCUAUUUUCGUGAAUAUGAUUUUCGCAUUGAUGGCACAAUGACGAAUGCAGCGUCUUCGGCAGGAUUUUCAUUUUUUGUUGCAUUAACACCAAAGACUCUUGAUCUCGUUGAUUCACGAUCUUCACAGAAAUCAGGUGAAAGAUCACUUCUUUCUGCCUUUUAUGCACCACAGGAGCUUUAUGAGGCUGGAGCAAUUGAUCGAUUAAUCGCUGGUGCAACUGCUGGACAUUCCAGAAAACCAUUUCCGCCAGGAUUAAAUGAGAUCCUUUUGGACCGAUACUUUCACGAUGGAAAGACAAACGAUGUUGCUGUUGACUAUGCCGCUCAGAUGAUUCAACAAGGCAGAGAUCAUGGCUUGGCGACUUACGUCAAAUGGAGAUCUUUCUGUGAUCUUCCAAAUGUUGAUCAUUUCUACGAUCUUAAAGGAACGAUGCUGUCAGAAACUAUUGACCGUUUGGAGCGAGUUUAUAGCAAGGUGGAAGACGUAGAUUUGGUAACUGGUGCACUUUCAGAAUUACCAGUGGAAGGUUCAGUUUUGGGUCCAACUUUCCUUUGCUUAUUGGGAAGAACUUUCAGAAAUGCUCGUUUAGGCGACAGAUACUGGUAUGAAAAUGAACACACUCCAGGUUCAUUUCUACCAAGGCAAUUGGAGGAAAUUAAAAAAACCACAAUGGCUAGGAUAUUAUGUGAUAAUGGUGACAGAUUAAAACGAGUUCAACCUAGAGCUUUCAUUCUCAAGGAUCCAUUUUUAAAUGAAAUGAGUGACUGCUCAAUAUAUGAGUCCAAUGAUUUAAAUUUAAUUCAUUGGCAAGAGAGCAAAACUUCAAAUUAGAGAUUUAUAAGUUUCCUGAUAUUCAAAUUGCAUGAAUGCAAAUCAACGUGCCAACAAAACGUCCAGUCAUAUCUUGACACAACAAUAGUAAACUUAUAAAAAUCACAUUCUAAUCAACUGAUCAGAAUCCGAUUUGAAUAUGUUUUUCGUGAACUUGUUGCUUAUGUGUUUAAAAUCGAAAAGUCUUAUUUGUUCAUUAAAAAUUCAAAUAUUGAAUAAUAUAAUCCUGAGUAAAUUCGAAGCGAUAUUGCGCUUAUGAUUCAAAGUCUUGUUGAAUAAUUAUUAUUCAAGGUCUUAGAAAUAAUUUGUAGAAAGAAAUUUUCAUUAAAAUUAUUUUAAAUUAACAAAAUGGACUAUAGCGAUUUUUCAUCAACUUUUUAAAAUUAUUUAUUAUCAUUUACAAUAAUGUAUAAUUAAUAAUUGCUAAAAUAAUUUAUUAUUUUAGAAGGAAUUUAAAUUUAGUACAAAAAUAAUACAAAAUUCAU